AGUAAACUUGGUCUCGCUCGGAUGACGUAUCAUCCGGUGAUCGAUGGAAAAGUGCUAUAUUGCAGGGCUGUUGACAGAACGAGAACGUGGGUUCGGAAUACCCGAUUAUCAUUUCCGUUCAUCUGGUACAAAAAGAGGAUCUUGCAGAUGUCGCUUUAUCCCCCAUGCGACGAUGGCUCUCAGUCACUUCGCCCUCGCAUUGGCUGCGGCAGACUUCAUUGGAAGUACUCUGUCCGCUCUUGGAUCUGGGUUUAUCAUCCUCUGCUACGUCUUCCUUCCCGUAAAGAGACAUUAUCGGCAUCUUCUCAUCCUCAAUCUCGCUGUCGCAGAUUUUAUGAACGGCAUCAACAACGGGAUUUCAGGUGCUUUUGUGCUAGCCCAAGGCCCACUACAGUACAGCGCGGCAUGCGUUGCCAACGGUUUAAUCGGACAACUGUCUGUUCAGGCUACAGACACGUCCAUAUUUGCAAUCGCAAUAGUGACUGUAGUCAUCGUGACGGAAACGAGAGACGGAUGGUUGAGCAAACGCACAAGAUGGAAGGUCGCCGUUGUUUGCGCUAGUACCUGGGUGCUGCCGAUAAUCACAAGUUUUGUCGCCCUGGGAAAGGGUUAUUAUAGUGCGGUCUCUGGCAAUUGGUGCUGGAUACGUACUGAACCAGCGUAUCUACGCUACGUAUUGACCCAUGCAUGGCGAUUUCUUUUCAUAUUCUCUGAAAUCGGGCUCUAUGUAUAUCUAUACAUCCACCUCAGAAAGAGUUUCCGAACAAUGAACUUCCUGAUCGCUAACCAGAUUCAGGUCUCAACGGAAGCUUCGAUUCCGUCGCACUUAUCUUCCGUCUCCGCGGAACCUCCGCGAGAUCCAGAGCUCAAGAUACAUGUGUCUCAGACCCAGUUCAAUAAGGUUGACGGGGAUAGUAGCGCGGAGAAAUUUCGACCUGUAGAUGGACCAGAUGUCUCGGACGAAGAAGCACCGCCCCCGACGCCACACUACUACCCACCGGGAAAGUCCAGUGCUUCUGUGCGCCAAUCGCCGAUACCGGCGAUGGAUGAGAAGAGGCAGAGGCAGGUGGCAAGGGUGCUCCUGCUGAACGCGUAUCCUAUAGCGUAUAUCGUGCUGUGGAUACCGGGGUUGUGUAAUAGGCUAGUAGAGGCAUCGGGGCAUACGUCGAGGGUACUGCAACUUAUGCAGGCGACGACACAGUUUGUGGGAUUCGCUAAUGCGUUGACGUAUGGAUGGAAUGAAAAUGUGGCUAAAAGCCUGAAGGAGGCAAUUAAACGAUGGUGACUGUUUGAGUUUAAUUAUAAGUAUUGUAUCA